AUAUGGUAAAAUAUUACUCCGCAAGGACAGCAACCUUCAGUUUCUUGCUACCUUCCUAUUACGUACCCAGGUCUCAGUCUUCGUCAACCCCCAGAGCAUCCUAAAUUUCUAAUAACACAACAGAAACAAGAUACAAUCGUCUUCUCAUCCAGAUCAAUAACCAAAAAUCCCUUUGAAUCUUACCGUUUAACCCAUCCGUCUCUCCCUUUAUUUUUCUUUGCAAUUUGUGACAUCUACUUAAAUCAACCCUUACUAUGUCAAACCACAACCAUCUUCCUUGAUUUACGGGCUGGAUCUUCGGUGUCUUCUAACAUCCACCAAGUCAACAACAUGGCUGAACUUGCCUAUGCUCUCGCAGGAAAGAUCUUGGAGAAGCUAGGAUCCCUUGCUGACAAAGAGAUCAGCUUGGUAUUGGACAUCAAAAGCGAGCUGACAGAGCUUGAGGGUACCAUGACAACCAUUCAAGCCGUGCUCUUGGAUGCUGAAGAGAAGCAAGCUACCAAUCGCCCGCUGAGCAUCUGGCUGAGGCAGCUUAAAGAUAUUUUUUAUGAUGCCGACAAUGUGUUGGAUGAAGUUGAGUACGAAGUGCUUAAGAAGCAAGUGAUGAGAACAUAUGGGCGCACCAGUAGAGAGGUAUGUGGUUUGUUUUCAUGUUGUAGCGCCUUUGCAUUCCGUUCUCAACUGGGUCACAAAAUCAAGGACAUUAGACAGAAGUUGGGCAAGAUUGCAGCUAAUAAGGAUCAAUUUAAUCUUAUACCUCGACUUGAAGAUAGACAUGUCAUUCAUGGUAGGAGGAGGGACAUGACCCACUCAUUUGUUCCUCCUUCAGAAGUCAUUGGUAGGAAUGAUGAUAAAGAAAAUAUAAUACAUCUUUUGAUAGACCCAUAUGCUGACACAAAUGCCAUUAAUGUAAUUCCUAUAGUUGGAAUAGGAGGAUUGGGAAAGACCACAAUUGCUAAGUUAGUAUACAAUGAGGAACGUGUAGCCAAUCAUUUUGAUUUGAAAAUAUGGGUUUGUGUGUCUGAGGAUUUUGAUGUUACUAGAUUAAUAAAAGAUAUCCUUAAAUCUGCAAACGGUGCAAUUGAUGAGAAGUUGGGUGUAGAUUUGUGGCAAAUUAGUUUAAGAAACAGUUUAAAGAAUAAGAAAUUUCUACUUAUUUUAGAUGAUGUUUGGAAUGAAGAUCGUAGUAAAUGGGUUGAGUUGAAAGGGUUGUUAAGUGGUGGUUCAAUAGAAAGUAGAAUUGUAGUGACAACACGUAGUCGCUCGGUUGCCUCCAUGGUGGGAAGUGGUCGUACAUACACUUUAGAAGGUUUAUCCCACGAUGAUAGUUUGUCCUUAUUUGUGAAAUGGGCAUUCAAGGAAGGGGAAGACAAACAAUAUCCAAACCUCUUAGAAAUUGGAAAAGAGAUUGUGAAAAAAUGUAAAGGAGUUCCAUUGGCUAUAAGGACUUUAGGCAGCCUACUUUUCUCAAAGGUUGAUGAACUUCAGUACUGGAAAUUUGUGAGAGAUAAUGAGAUAUGGAGAUUAGAACAAAAGGAGGGUGAUAUUUUACCUGUAUUAAAACUAAGUUAUAAUCCAAUGCCAUCUCACUUGAAGCAAUGUUUUGCCUUCUGUUCUCUUUUCCCAAAAGAUCAUGAAUUCGAUAGUAAUGAGUUGAUUGCAUUUUGGAUGGCGCAUGGACUCCUUAAUAAAACGCCUAAUAGUCAAAAUCUAGAGUUGGAAGAUGUUGGCGACAUGUAUAUCAAGGAGUUGUUGUCCAAAUCUUUCUUCCAAGAAGUUACGGAUUUCACUUGGUUCUAUAAGUUUAAAAUGCACGAUCUUGUCCAUGAUCUUGCACUCAAGGUAGCAGAAGAAGAGUGUUUAACGACAGUCGACUUUCAUACCCAGAACAUUGUUGGAACAAUUCUUCAUUUGUCAUUUUCACACGAUGACUAUGGUCGAGAAGUUCCAAAAUACUUUUACACCUUAAGUAGUGGUAUGCGGACCACUUUGUUCGCAGUUAAGCAACAAGUGCCGACCUUAGCUGAAGCUUGCAUCUCGAGAUUCAAGUACUUGCGGGUGCUUGACUUAACUUAUUCUUCUUUUGAGGUGUUGUCAAGUUCUAUCGGUACUUUGAAGCAUUUGAGAUCUCUGAGCCUAGCUAGUAAUGAUAAAAUCAAGAAACUUCCUGAUUCCAUUUGUGAGCUAUACAAUUUGCAAACUUUACUACUUCAUGGUUGUUCGAGUCUUGAGCGAUUGCCCAAAGAUACAAAGAAGAUGAUUAGCCUCAGGUAUCUGACAGUAACAACAACUUGCACGCACUUGUUUGAAAAUGAUGUAUGCUCCUUGAGUUCUCUUCGGAUUUUGGGUAUAUUUGUAUGUCCAAGACUAGAAGUUUUGUUUCAAGGAAUGGUCGGGAGCCUUACCAACCUUCGGAGAUUGGUUGUUGCAGGUUGUGAAAAAUUGACCUCUUUGACACUUGAUAACAAGCAUCUAACUGCCUUAGAGACAUUGGUAAUUUUUGGUUGUACAGAGCUUAGUUUUACUGGAGGAGAAGACAAUCAGGAUCUGAACUUGAGCCUUCAAAAAUUAGAGAUUACAUAUGUACCAAAGUUGGAGGUUUUGCCGCAAUGGCUCCAAGGAACUGCUAACACUUUGCAGUACCUGCGUAUUGCAAUGUGUCGAAACCUCACGACCUUGCCGGAGUGGCUGCCAAGUCUAAACUCACUUCAUACACUUAAGAUUUUCAGUUGCCCCAAGUUGUCAUCUCUUCCGGAGGGGAUCGAUCGUCUCACAGCGCUAAAAGAAUUGAGGAUUGAGGAGUGUAAUGAAUUGAUCGUUAGGAAAUGCCAAGAGGAAUAUCGGUCCCAGAUUGCUCAUAUACCAACAGUUAUACUGCGUCGGCCAAGGCUCAGUUCAAACAUAUUUGCAGCUUCCAUGGGCAGAACCUUAAGUUUUGAUGAGGGGGAGGGGGCAGAAUUAUGAAAAAUCUUUAAAUAAUUUGAGGGGCUAUUCUUAGGUCCGCCCCUGGCAGCUUCCAUGGCAUGAGUACUUCAGCAAGCCCAGUUUAAAAAUUCUCUCACUGAGCUAGUGUGGUCUGAUAUCAAUUUAUAUUAGAAUGUACAGAAUAAGAGCAUCUCCAGCCAACAAUAGCCAAAAUAGCUACUGCUUUUUUUUAUCACACUCUAACAAAUUUUCUAUUCUACUCUAUUUUCUAUUUAAAUAUUAUUUUAUAAUUUUUUUUAUUCUUUUCCUUCUCUCUCUAGUCUUUGGUCCCUCUCUCCCUCGAUCUCCCUCUCACCUCCAGGCGCAAGCUACCAGCUCCGCCCAUCACAGCAGUCUGCCCCCACCAUCCAUAUAUGCAUGGUGAUAGUUUGCCUUUUCCUUUGGGAUAUGGUUGAGCUUUUUCUCUGGGUAGGUGAAUUUUGUAUUUGGCACAAGAGUUUGGAAGAAAUUCUAUCCGUAAAGGAGAUCUGGUGGCGUUCGUAAAUCUCGUGUGAAACAUGGGAAAUGGAUUGCUCUUUUCCUCGAGGACAAGAGGACUAAGGACAGGAAUGGAAUGUUACAGAGAUGGAGUCCCAUGAUUCGUGGGAUUGUCAUAUACAAGGAAAUGUAUAUUUGACUUGGUAGCCGUUACACAGUAAUAGUGGAAGAUUAUGCUGAGACUUUAGGCACACGACUGUGUUGAUGUAUAACGCCCGAGAAAAUAAAAGAUUUAAUAAUGACAAUAUAUAUAUAUAUAUAUAUAUAUAUAUAUAUUAAUUAAGUAAACUCAUCACUUCCAUUGAUGAUUUUUAGUUUAUGUGUGAGACUCAAUUUAUUUAUAUUUAGUUCUUAAUUAUUUAAAAA